CACGACCAACCUUUUUUUUUUUUGGUAAUAUCUCGCUCCCCCCACUAGUCUUUGCCAAGUGAACCCUCUAAACUUGGAAAAAUUACUUGAACACUUUAUUUCAAUGAAAACCGUGAAGGAAUUGAUUCGGGUCAAGGGUCCAUGGAAAAAAGAAGAGGACGAGCUAUUGCAGAAGCUAGUUGAAGAACACGGUGCAAAGAACUGGUCGAUUAUUGGUAAAUCGAUUCCAGGACGAUCAGGAAAAUCGUGUAGGCUCCGUUGGUGUAAUCAACUUUCUCCUCAAGUGGAACAUCGACCUUUUACAUGUGAUGAAGACGACAAAAUUAUCAAAGCCCAUGCAGAAUUCGGUAACAAAUGGGCUACUAUAGCCCGUUUGUUAACAGGUCGAACUGACAACUCCAUAAAAAAUCACUGGAAUUCUACCCUUAAAAGAAAAGGUCUUGAACUUUCGAAAGAUUUGGCGUUUGAAAAUCCUCAACCGCCGUUGAAAAGAUCGUUAAGUACCGGGUCGGGUACAAAUUCGGGUACUCCAUCUGGAUCUGAUUUGAGUUCGGGUUUUGCCCGACCCGAUAUUUCAACGUCUCUGAGUCUCUCUUUACACGGGUUCGGGUCCAGCGAGGAUUCAAAUACUCCAAUAAUUCAGAAUUGUAACUUUGGUCCUUCUAGUAUUGAGAAACAGUUAUUUAGUCCUGAAUUUUUGAGAGUUGUGCAAGAUAUGAUACGAAAAGAAGUUGAAAAUUAUAUGUCACAGUAUGAGGAGGAAAGGGUUGCAAUGUACACUGAAGCAGUAAAAAAUAAUGUUAUUAACAACAUUGAGAUUAGCAAAGAUUGAUAAAUGAGGAGGAAAAAUGUAGAGAUUAUAGUCAUUUUCUUAAAACUUUUUAGUUGUCACCCCACCCCCUCAAAAAAGAAAAAAAAAAAAAAGAAAAACGAAUUGAAUAUGAUUUUUUAAUUAUUUUUGAUGAAAUUGUUCAUUUUUAUA